AAAUUCGCAAUAUCUAUGCAUUUGCACUGACAGCUUGUGGCACACCGUUGUAGUCUUACAUUUGUGCGUGCAAAUGAACAUGACAAGCAGUUUUGGGUUGUCUUUUCUUUUUAUGUCCGUAAUAAGGCCUUUUUAAUGCUCUGUUGUGGACCCAUUGCUGCCUUAUAAAAAAUCGAGUUGAUUGGAGGAGGCGUGGCAUGACGAUAUUUCGAACGUAACGUCGUCUCUAACGCAACCGGGCUUCUCUUCCUAAUUUGGCCGCAGCUUCCUGCGCUGUCACCAGCACCAUGGUGCGAUUCUCCCGCGUGUGGAGACAUUACUCCGUAUUUACCGCCUUACAACUUCAGGGAAGCUGGCUAAACUUCACUCAAGGGUCUUUGAGGUAUUCCAGCACAAAGGCUGCUCCCCAUUUCACAAGAAUGGAGUACCAGGACGCGGUAUGCACCCUCAACACGCUGCAGACCAAUGCCAGCGUCCUGGAGCAGGUGCGACGGGAGAGGGGUCCCCAAGAGCUCCAGCUCCAGGCCAUGAAGGGCUUCCUAGAACGGGCAGGCCUCACGGUGGAAGAGUUGGACCAUCUAAAUAUCAUUCACGUCACCGGCACAAAGGGAAAGGGAUCAACGUGUGCUUUCACUGAGCAGAUUCUUCGCAGCUACGGAUUCCGCACUGGAUUUUACAGUUCACCUCAUCUGGUCCAAGUGAGGGAGAGGAUCCGGAUCAAUGGUCAACCCAUCAGCAAGGACCUCUUCACAAAGUACUUCUGGCAGGUCUAUGGUCGCCUAGACGAGACCAAGGACUGUCAUGGUGGCUCCAUGCCAGCUUACUUCCGCUUCCUCACCAUCCUGGCCUUCCACAUCUUCCUCCAAGAGAAGGUGGACUUGGCAGUUAUUGAAGUGGGAAUAGGUGGAGCCUACGACUGUACCAACAUUAUCAGACGGCCAUGGGUGUGUGGGAUAUCAUCCCUCGGGAUCGACCACACGAGUAUCCUUGGAGACACGAUAGAGAAAAUAGCCUGGCAGAAAGGAGGCAUAUUUAAGCCAGGAGCGCCAGCGUUCACAGUAAAGCAGCAGGAGGGUCCCAUGAUGGUCCUGCGGGAGCGGGCAGAAGAGAUCGGGUGUUCUCUGAGUGUGUGUCCUGAGCUGGGUGACUAUACGGUGGAGGAGGGUGUGCUGCGUCUGGGUCUGGCCGGAGAUCACCAGCGCAUCAACGCCAGCCUGGCCCUACAGCUCAGCCACAGCUGGCUACAGCGACGCUGCCUGCCUGAUAAGCACCUCCCAGCUGCGGCCGAGUACAGUGGUGUAUCGCAGGCUGAAGGCUUCAAGCCCAGUCCCGUCAUGCUGAAAGGUCUGGCGGAUACGGAGUGGCCUGGGCGGACGCAGACUCUGAGGCGUGGCCCGAUCACAUACUUCCUGGACGGAGCCCACACCACGGGCAGCAUGCUGGCCUGCGCACAGUGGUUUAACGAGGCCGCAGCACAACGAGAGCAAAUGGCGGGGGGCCCAGUGGUGAGAGUGCUGCUGUUCAACGCCACAGGAGAGAGAGACACGGCUGCCAUGCUCAAGCUCCUGGUGCCAUACCAUUUUGACUUUGCUGUAUUCUGCCCAAACAUCACAGAAACGAUAGCCGUGUGCAAUGCAGACCAGCAGAACUUCAACGUCUCGGUGGAGAACAUGCUGACGCGUUGCCUGGACAACCAACAGAGUUGGCGGCUGCUGACAGGGCCGCGAGAGGGCCAGACGAGGCCCGACGUUGGGGAGGAGGCCGACGAGACUGAGCUACUUAUCUCCGGACGCCUCCCCCUGGUCGCCGAGCAACAGCACCGGAGGAGGCCAGGCGGAGACACGCUGGUCUUCCCCUGUAUCUUGAGCGCCCUCCAGUGGAUCACACAGGCAAGGGACCCUGUGCUGGCCCUGCCAGGGAAACGAGUCAUCCCCGUGAAGCCAAGCGUGGCCGCCAAGGCCUCUCCACUCCGGGAGGCCACCGAGAUCCAUGUGCUGAUCUCUGGAAGUCUCCACUUGGUUGGGGGAGCACUUAAACAUCUGGACCCAGCGUCAGCCUCUUAAGGAAGGGGCAGAGAUGGCUCGGUGGUGUGCCAUCAAUAGGGCAUGGCUGAUGGUGGUCUUUUUGUUUGGUGUUGGCACUGGGUAAACUAAAGCACUUGUCAGAUGCCUCUGAGUCAUAAGAGGUAAAUUACCCUGCCAGCUGAACAAACACUGAGUGCAGUUACAUGCAGGGAGUACUGCAGUAUCAAAUGGAAUAUUGUCAGUGUUCGGUUUAAAACAACUUCUGGAAUUUUCUUUUUACACAAAUGGAAGAGCAUUGUGCUGCUAAUGGUUACCAUUAAAAUGCGGCCACAUUCAGAAUGAAAAAGGAGUACUUGACUCGUACGCACAUUAAAUAAUGCCAGUAUUCCGUGUAAAAUUGUAAUAUUCUCUGCAUGUAACUGCAGUCCAUGGAGAGGCUGAAGAGUGUUAAACUUUCAGAGCAUUAACUUUGUAUUUUUCCUUCAUCCUGGUGCCCCUCACAUCAUCUCAAGCAAUGCCAAAUGCCAAUGCGUUGGUGCCUUACCGUGCCACCCUGAUAUAUCAACCCCAUUAUUCUCAUACUUGAAGAGCUGACUGCUUGUUUACAGGGACUUUUUUUGGGGGGGAAAGGGUUUUUGUACUCUUUUAAGUGGCAUUCAUGCUGCACUGAACUUAUCUUGGGUUUCAUGCGAAGGAAGUUUAACCUUUUUAAAUGAAAAAAAAGACCCUUGCUUGUACGGCGAACUGGUGCGUUGUGUCCGUGCCAAAUUGUGAUGAAUUGUCUGUUUUUUUUUUCUUUUUCCUGUUUCUGUGCAGUGACUGACCUUGUACGUAAAUACUUUAUCUGUGAGGGGAAAAGCAGAAAUGUAUUGAUAUUCCCUACUGUUUGUGUGUAUAUUGAUAUUGAUGGUGAAUAAUUAUCCAGGUGGAUCAUGUUUUGUAUGGUGCUGGUGUUUGAAUAGAAUCCUGAGUGUACACAAAAUACACGAGCAUAAUUCACACACACACAGUUGGCCCACCCAGCACUUGGUAUCAAUAUAGUCCAACUUUACCUUUAAAAUCAAACACAUUUUUUGCAACUGGUGCGUUUUAAUCUGUUUAUAGUCACUUGUUGCCCUGACCUUGUAAAUGAAAUUGCUUCACUGUCUUUGAAAAUACUUCAGAGCUCCAGUGUGUAAUGUAUGCUUGCUUUCAGAGCAAGCAACAAAGUCUGACACUAAAUGUUUGCCUGCCUAUUUUUGUGGAAAUGGGUAGUAAUUAACUCACUAUGCACCUGACCAUUGUCUUAAAAUUCCUCACUUUAAUUUAAAAAAAAGAUGUAUUAAAUGCAAUGGACUGUAGUGUAGUGUUCAAUAAAUAUUUAAGCACAA